UUGAUUCGAGCCCCAAUUUCAUUGCUUUUCGCGACGGGGUUGAACUGUAACAAAAGUGCAACGUUUUCACACUUUUAGCGCGUUUAUUGAAUUAAAAUCACGUCUUCUAUUCCCAAGAGGAAGACUACAGGUUUGCCGACAUGUGGAUCCAGGUGCGCACUAUGGAUGGCAAGGAGACCCAUCGGGUCGACUCCUUGUCCAAGCUCACCAAGGUGGACGAGCUGCGCGUGAAGAUCGCAGAGCUCUUCAACGUCGAACCCCAGAGGCAGCGACUCUUUUACAGGGGCAAACAGAUGGAAGACAGUCACACACUCUUCGACUAUAACGUCGGGUUAAACGACAUCGUGCAGCUUCUGGUGCGUCAGGCGCCGCUGCCGAAGGACAAAGAGGCCGAGCUGUCCGACUCGGACUCCGGCUGCGGAUCGGCCCAGAGCGAGUCGGAUAAGAGCUCCACGCACGGCGAGAGCGACGGCCAGAGCGCCGGGACCUCGGGCCAGACCGACACGCCGGACCUCAUCGACCCUGGCUUUGGCUUUUACAAGGUAAAUGAGUUCGUGGACGCUCGAGACUUAAACAUGGGUGCCUGGUUCGAGGCGCAGAUCAUCAAUGUGACAAAAACGACAAAGUGUUCGGAUGAAGACGGAGGCACAGAUGGGGAAGAGGAGAUCAUUUACCACGUCAAAUAUGAAGAUUACCCUGAGAACGGCAUGGUGCAGCUGCGCGGGAAAGACGUCCGUCCGCGGGCGCGCACCGUCUACCAGUGGCACCAGCUGGAGCAGGGCAUGAUCGUGAUGGUGAACUACAACCCCGACGAGCCCAAGGAGCGCGGCUACUGGUACGACGCCGAGAUCCAGAGGAAGAGGGAGACGCGCACCCAGCGUGAGGUUUACGGCAAGAUCCUGCUCGG